AUGACUGCUGUCCUUUCUAAUAACCCCCUUGGGGCCCUUCCCCCUCCUCUGCGGGUCGUGGGCCUCCAGCUUGCCUCAGCACCGUCGUUCCUGUUCCUCCAACAUGCUCUCCCUCCCUUCUUGAAGUUCUGUCCCACCUCUUGCCCGAGGUCCUUCUCUGGGUGCCCCGUUGCUUCUGGGCUGCAGCUUCUCCAUGAAGUCACCCCACUCUGCCGCUUCUCCACGUGGGACCUGCAGACGCGUUUGUAUCAUGAUGCCUUGAGUCACCCAUUCCCCCUAAGAAAUUCUUCCACGGCUGGUCCUGUGUCGGCGCCUUCUUCUUGGACGACCCCACGGGGACUACAUCUUCCUCCCCUUCCCCGUCCUCCUCAGGGGAGAGACUCUGCAAAGGCACAGACUGGGAUCGCAGGAGCACAGCCUUCACCCCCGCCCGCCCUGCGCGCCCGCCCGCCCCCAUCAUCCCGGCCCCCGGGAGCACCCAGGUUUCUCUCCGAAAGCCCGCAGGAACGCCCGCAUUCUCCUGCACCCUCGGGUCUCCAUUCGGCGUCACCUCCAUCUCUCCCGCCUGCCCAACGAGACCGGGGAUUCCGCCGGCUACUGUUCUCGGCGGUACCCGAGCAACCGUCUUCUCCGCGAUCCGCUCUCCUGCGGAAGGAACCGGAGCUCACUCGCGCCUCGAAGGCAGGAAGGACUCCUCGCCCAGGAUCUGGAGGCUGGAAAUCCAAGGUCAAAGCCCAGGUGAAAGCGGUGUCUGGUGAGAGCCUGCUUCCUGAUUCGGAGACGGCCAUCUUGUCACUGCAUCCGCACGUGGACGAAGGUCUCAGGACAGAGGGGAAGAUAAGCAGGAGGGUCUCCUCAUUCAUGUUGAAUGGGAGAAAGUUCGACUUGAACCCACACGGCUCUGCUCUGUCUUUCGAGAACGUUCAGGCUUUGUGUGCCAGGAGUGAUCCCCGCCAGAUGGCAGCUCCCCCAGGCUGUCAUCUUACCCUCCAAGGAUCAUUUCAUGGAUUCACUUACCAUACUUAACCAUGCUGCCUUUUUCUAGGACCUGGUAAAGCCUUCUGCCUCUUAAUCUCCCUCAGAACACAGACUAGACUUCAGGUAAAGCCAGCGCACAUGAGUUGUGGUUCA